AUGCUGGCAAUUGCAUCACCUAAGGUUCAAGCUCCUGAUAAUCCAAUGAUUCCCUCGAGUUCUAAUACGCAAGAUGAAGGUGUAGAAGAAGAGGAAGACUUGAAUUGGUCAGAUGAGAAACAGCGAAUCCUAGAGAAAUACAUUAUCGACCAUGAAUUGAAUUACCUUGGUGGACAGCGAGAUAUAUCCCAAUUCUAUUCCGGUUUGAAUUGGGACAGAAUUAUUCAAUUGAUUGGGAUAAAUGAUUUGGAAUUUUUGAAAAUAAAGAUUGAUGACAUAUAUGAGAAUUAUUUUAUGAUAUUAUAUGGUGAUAAUAAUGAAAUAGACCUUGGUGGGUUCUUAACGGCAUGGAAAUAUCAGGAUUCUAAAAUAUUGCAAGAUGUAUUAGAAAUGAUUGAUAAUGCGAAUUUACAAGAGUUUAAAAUUGAAGCGUUGCCAACAACCCCCCCACCACCUCCAGAGGAACCACACUUAUUGGACGGAUUGUCACUACUGGAACAGCAUCAUCCUACCAACGUUGAGAUUACAAAUUUGCCAUUACAACUGCAUCAACAACUGGGUCCUGCACCAGUAUCUACAGUGAAUAGUUCGGCGAUUGUUUCACCUGUGUCACAUUCCUCGAGACACGAUAGUGUUAUCCCUGAAUUAUCAAAGACACAACGAAGGCUAUCUCUUGAUUUAAUGCACGCAGGGCCGUCAGAUAGGAGCAAUGCAACUAAGAAACCCGCUGAGACUGCGGUUACCAACGUUAAUGUGACAACCAAGGUGGAAAUAACACUACAGGCUAGAGAUAUACCUGAACAGGAACUAGAGCAACAGAGAAAGAAACAUAAAUUUAAGGAUAUUCUGAAACGACUAGGUCUCAGUAAGAAGCAACAAUCAAAACCGAAAAUUGCACCCACUAUUCCCGACACAACCCAUCAUCCAAGAUAUUCACUUGCUACUGAGUUUCAACCGUCUAGAAGACUUUCAUUGGUAGGUGAAAACUUACCAAUCUAUAUUAGAAAACAAAUACACAUUCCACCAGUGCCACUGAGAUCAGACUCACCUUCCAAACGACAGAUAUUGGUCAUAAAUGAAUCUACUACGCCCACAUCAGGCAGCCUACCUAGACUAAGUAGGAGACCAAGUCGAAUACAGAACAUAGUCAUUAACUCACAAUCUUUAUAUGCAUAUAAUCGAGAUUUGAUGAUGUUUAGAGAAGCCCCAAUGCAAGAGGCUACAGCUACAGAUACUUCGGACCUGACUACGAAUCAACAACAACGCUUGCAUUAUGAUUUUGAUGAUGAGGAUGAAAAUGAUAAGGAAUAUAUUUCACCUGAUCUGUUGACAAAGUAUUACGGCAUGCAAUUGGAAGGUGAGGACGGGGUAGAUGAGGAUGAUUUAAAUGUAGAUGAUAAUAAUGAAUUAGAAGAGGAUAAUGAUUUUGUAGAUGUACAUGGAAGUUUUGAUAUUGUUAAUAAUGAUGCUGAUGAGGAUGACGACGACUAUUUAUUCAAGAUAUAA